CCUAAAAGCACAAAAGUUUCAUGCAUUUUGAAGAAGAAGAAGAAGGAAUGUGAACAAGUAUCUCAAUUCUUCUCUGCGUUUAUGUGAAUAACAAACAACUCACUCAGAGAGAGAGAACAGAGAAAUGGGUGGUGUUACCUCUUCCAUGGCUGCGAAGCUAGCAUUCUUCCCGCCAAACCCACCGUCCUACAAGGUGGUUAAGGAGGCGGAGACAGGGUUGUUGGCACUGGAGCCUUUCCCGAAGCGCGAGAAUGUGGAUGUUGUGAAGUUCAAAACUCGCCGCGGUGCUGAGAUUGUGGCGGUGUAUGUCCGACACCCUAUGGCCAAAUCCACCGUCCUUUACUCGCACGGGAAUGCCGCUGAUAUUGGUCAGAUGUACGAGCUCUUCCUUGAGCUCAGCCUCAACUUGCGUGUUAACCUCUUUGGAUAUGAUUACUCUGGCUAUGGUCAGUCAUCUGGAAAGCCAAGUGAGAAUAGUACUUAUGCUGACAUUGAAGCUGCAUACAAGUGCCUUGAAAAUAAGUAUGGAACUAAGCAGGAAGACAUAAUCCUUUAUGGUCAAUCUGUUGGAAGUGGUCCUACUUUGGAUCUUGCUGUUCGUUUACCUCAACUGCGGGCUGUUGUUCUCCACAGUCCUAUACUUUCAGGGUUGAGAGUCAUGUACCCUGUCAAAAGGACAUACUGGUUUGACAUUUACAAGAACAUUGACAAAAUUCCAUUGGUGAAAUGUCCAGUGCUAGUCAUUCAUGGAACCGCUGAUGAGGUUGUUGAUUGCUCUCAUGGAAAGCAGUUGUGGGAACUUUGUCAAGAGAAAUAUGAACCUUUAUGGGUCAAAGGAGGGAACCACUGUAAUCUGGAACUCUAUCCGGAAUACCUUCGACAUCUCCAAAAAUUCAUAUCAACGAUAGAAAAAUCGCCAACACAAAGACCAAGUUUUUUGAGAAGCAUGGAUAGAUUUGAAGAAUCCAGAAAAAGUGUUGAUUGUUUUGAAGCUCCAAGGAUGAGUACUGAUCAGAGGGACAAACCAAGGAAAAGCACUGAUUGGAAAGAAAAACUGAAAUUUCAUGAGUAUAAACUCAAUAAUGUUGAAAAAAUAGAGAAGUCAAGGAUCUCUUGUGACCAUAGAUCUCCGAGAAACACGGAGCACCACGAUAAUAAAUCCCGGAAGAGCGUUGAUGUGCAGUUUGGGAGGGCAAGGAAGAGCAUCGAUUGGCUGGAUAGAAUUCGAGCUCGCUGAAGCUCUUGAAGCAUCCCUAGAAUUGGUAAAUGGGUUUGGUAUAGGGAGGGAGAUAGUACAGAGAUACAAAAUCACUCACAUGGAGGGGGUUUAACUUAUUGUUUACAUAAUGCUAAUGUUGCUGAGCAGUUACAUUGCAGUGUUCAUGUAAAUCUGGAUUUGUUAGGAUUUGAGUUGAAGUGACUCUAACCUUGUACUAGUGUUAACAUAGUAAAUGAAUCAAAUGAUUAAAGCCUAAAGGUGGAGAUUUGUUAUAAUUUGUAAAAAUUCACAUGAACUUUUUCUUAUCCCAAGUGACUAGUUAGUAUCUAAAUUUGAUUUCCUAUUGC